AUGAGCUUUACAUCUACCUUUCCACUACAUCGAUCUAUUGCUUCACGGACACUUCUUCCUCGACCAUCCAGAUACUCGACAAUCACUUUGGUCUCCAGGACUUCAAUCCGACUUCAAUCUCCAAGAUCUUUCUCAACAAUGUCUCUCCCAACCCCCGUCCCCAUCGCUCUCUGCGGCAAGAGCGCAACAAUGGCCUCUUCCUUCUCCUCCGCCCUAAAACCCCAAGGCUAUGAGGUAGUCCACACCUGCCACGACCUGCCCACCGCAAAAUCAUCCCUCCCAUCUCUGCUUUCCUCAUCCACUGGUCCUGUAGCCGUCGUCAUCGGAAAAGGCUUCUACGAAUCCGAGAUGCAGGAGAUUAUUGAAACUUGUAAGAGGGAAAAGGGGGCGGAGAAGACGGUCUGGUUACUCCCUGAUGAUGACAAGUUUACGGCGUUUAUGAAGGUCAAGGCUGUGGCGUCGGCGGGGACGAUGUUGCCGGGGUUGAUUGCUGAGAGAGCUGCUGCUGCGUUGAAGGAGAAUGGCGUUGUGGGUGGUGCGAGUUUGGAGGGUGUUAAGAGUGGUGUGCAUGGGUUCUAG